AUGAGCACAGAGAAACCCAGCUCCGGGGAUGGCGUCCACGUCGCUGCCGAAAAUGAUGUUCCCGAAAUCUCCAAAAUGGACAUCAAAGACGAAGCUGGUGACCUCGCAGCCAGAGCUCUCAUGAGCGGCGCCGUCGACCCUGAAUCAUCACGCAGAGUCCGGAAAAAAAUCGACCUCCACAUCCUGCCCUUCCUCUGCAUCACCUACGCCCUACAAUUCAUCGACAAGACUUCUCUGGGGUACAGCUCCGUCUACGGCAUCAUUGCAGAUAACAACCUUCAGGGCCAGGAAUACGCCUGGUGCUCGUCCAUCUUUUACUUCGGCUAUCUCAUUGCGGAAUACCCCGGCGUCGCCAUCCUGCAAAGAUUUCCCGUUGCCAAAUUCCUAGGCGCGAAUAUU